AUGAGGUACUCUAGUGCCGUCGCAGCGAGCUUUGCUCUAUUGCCAAAUCUAGUAGUCUCGCAAGGAUACACCAAUGAGUCCGAAGUACCGCUGUACGGACUUAGUCCACCAGUAUAUCCCAGCCCUGUCGGUAAUGGGACAACUUCGUCGGGUUGGGCAUCGGCAUAUACUCGUGCGAAAGACCUCGUGGCUCAAUUAACACUGGAAGAGAAGUCGAAUCUCACACAUGGCGUCUCUGGGCCUUGUGUAGGCCAAACGGGCGCUGUUCCCCGUCUCCAGAUUCCAGAGUUAUGCUUUGCGGAUGCUCCUGCAGGUGUGCGAGGACAGGAGUUUGUGUCAUCGUUUCCUGCUGGCAUUCAUCUUGGAGCAACCUUCGACAGGGGCCUGAUGCUCAGGUAUGGUCAUGCUCUUGGUAGAGAAUAUAGAGGCAAAGGGAUUCAUGUUGCUCUUGGCCCAUUCAUAGGCCCUAUUGGAAGAGUCAUUCGCGGUGGCAGGAAUUGGGAAGGUCUUGGUGCUGACCCGUACCUUGCCGGUAUUGGCGGUGCGCUUAUCACCAGAGGUACACAAAAGGAGGGCGUGAUUGCUACACCAAAGCAUUGGCUUGCGCAAGAGCAAGAGUAUAGGCGGCGCCCCGGUGACGAAGGCGAGGCAGUCUCCUCAAAUGUAGACGACCGUACACUACACGAGCUCUAUGCGUGGCCGUUCAUGGACGCCCUACGCGAAGGAGCAGGCUCGCUGAUGUGUUCAUACCAGCGUGUGAACAACUCAUACGGAUGCCAGAAUAGCAAGCUUCUCAAUGGCAUCCUGAAGGAAGAGUUGGGAUUUGAGGGCUUUGUCGUAUCUGAUUGGGACGCACAACAUGCUGGUGUUGCUUCAGCGAAUGCAGGCCUUGACGUAGUGAUGCCAGUCGCUAAAUUCUGGGGCGGAAAUCUUACUGACGCUGUCAACAAUGGAUCCGUAACAACGGAGAGACUGGAUGACAUGAAUACACGGCUUCUUGCAGCGUGGCUCUAUCUCAACCAGAACGAAGGGUUCCCAGAAAACGCUGUAUAUCCAUACAACGUAGAACACGAGAUUGUGGAUGUACGCGAAGACCAUGGGUCACUCAUCAGAGAAAUUGGAGCUGCCGGAACCGUGCUGGUCAAGAACUUCAACAACACCCUACCGCUUCGCAAUCCUCGUUUUCUGAACAUCUAUGGCUAUGACGCUGAAGUGAAAGCUCAGCCUUGGAACAACCCUUCCCGCUUUGGUGGCGGCUACGAAGAGAAUUUCGGUUGGAAUACACUCAACGGCACUCUGAUCACAGCAGGUGGUUCGGGCUCCAGCACUCCGCCAUACGUGAUCAGUCCCUUCAAGGCCAUCCAAGACCGUAUCAUUGCAGAUCGUGGAACACUACGAUGGGACUUCUUCGGUGUAAACCCAACUGUAUAUGCCAACGCCGAUGCAUGUCUCGUCUUCAUCAAUGCCUACGCAUCAGAAAGCUUCGAUCGCACUUCACUCACAGACGAGUUUAGUGACCAGCUCGUCAACAACGUUGCUACCAACUGUUCAAACACGAUCGUUGUGAUUCACAAUGCUGGUAUCCGCACCGUAGACGCCUGGAUCGACCAUCCAAACAUCACCGCCGUUCUCUUCGCCGGCGUCCCUGGCCAGGAGAGUGGCAACGCCAUCGCCGAUGUCUUGUAUGGCGAUGUGAACCCUUCUGGUCGCCUGCCAUAUACUGUCGCUCGGAAAGAGUCUGAUUACGGCCACUUGCUGAACGGAACUGUCGAUCUCUCCAUCCCGGCUUUCUUGCAAUCGAACUUUACCGAGGGUCUGUAUAUCGAUUAUCGCGCUUUCGAUGCGCAGAACAUCACACCACAGUAUGAGUUCGGUUACGGCCUCUCGUACACGACAUUUGAUUAUUCAAACAUGACAGUUGAACGCGUGGCGAACGCGAGUCUUUCUGCUUUCCCGUCAUCGUCUGUGCCAAUUGUACAAGGAGGUCAUCCAUGGCUAUGGCAAGUGUUGUACCGCGCCACGGUCACUAUUACCAACACUGGCAAGGUCGCUGGUCAUGAAGUGGCGCAGCUGUACUUGGGAGUACCCAAUGCGCCACAAAGGCAGCUGAGAGGUUUCGAACGCGUAGGUUUAUUGCAGCCUGGCGAAAGUCGAGAGGUUGAAUUUGCAUUGGACAGGCGCGAUCUGAGCGUCUGGAAUGUUACCGCGCAGUCAUGGGAGCUUCAGCGAGGCAGGUAUGCAGUUUGGGUGGGAGCAAGCAGUCGUGACAUAAGGCAAGAGGGUCUGCAACUCUCUCAACCCAAUAUAUCUAAUCUGCCAAUGGUCAAGAGCAUUAACUACCCUUUAUCAGAGGAUACCCAAAAAACCUACAUAGAUGUUGUACAAACGAUCGAGGAUAAGUCCGCUUCCAAGGACCAGUUCGAGAACAUAUCCCUGCUUUUAGCCUUCCGGGAGCUUGGGAAGAUCGCCAAAGGUUAUAUCGAGUACGCCAACGAAUACGGUUAUGUGGAAGACUGGGUAGAAACUCGCUUCAACGAUGACGAUGUCUUCCAACGUCUAAGUCAUGCAUGCAUAGGUUAUAUCGAGUAUGAGCAUCAGAAGACGUCGGCUGACGGCGAGUUCUUCAAGAUGAUGCGAGCUGGAUUGAAGUCAAUAGCACAUACCUACAACCCUCCUUCUGCCAAAGGAGAAUUUUUCGACAUGGUUAGAGCUGGCAUGAGGACUAUGAAGUACGCCUACAAUCCUCCGCCGAUGGAUCUGCUUUCCUACCCGCCCUUGCCAGACGCACUGCAAAGAGUAUAUCGCCAUAUGGGAUACACACCAUUCGAAGACAUAGUCUUUCUGGAUAUGGUAGCCUCAUUCGAGAAUGCUUACUUCUGGUGUGCUUGGGGUCAUGUCUGGACCGAACGCUGGGAUGACGAAUGUUUCUGCGACCAUAAGCAGAACCAGUACUGGUGGACACCCAACAUACUCGACUACCGCGAUAUCCCGACAGCCGUCACGUACAUGUACGAAACUACUAAUGGCCUCGGUCGCGUUGAAGAUAUCGUCUUUCGAGAUCUGGUUGAGACGUUCGAACAGUACAUGGAGUAUACCAACGACUUCGAUAAUUGGAAUGACCCAGAGAUUACCACUUUUCGCGAGUUCUCGGAAGUAGCUAACUACGUCUCGUAUGUUUGCCCAGACUACCAGUGGUUCCAGCGAUUUCUCAGCCUGCCUGGGGAGAUUCGGGAGAAUAUCAUGCAUGUGUAUCUCUUGCUCGAGCGUGAUGCUGGUCGCCUGAGCAAGCAUCAGCACUACGAUGAGUUCAAUAACCCAUGCUGCACAUGGGAGUAUCCCUGGGAGCUUAUUGCUUGCGACAACCAAGAGGCGAAAGCAUUCCCAGAGGCUAGUACAGGUCGAUGUCCCAUGGGUUGGUUGCCAAACCUUGCAUUUGCAAGCCAUCAAAUGCACGAGGAAGUCCUCGUUAUGAUGCUGCGACGGACCAAGCAGUUCAAUCUGAAGUAUAUGUUUCGCAACACGGAUUUCAAAAUUGCGACUUGGUUUAGCAAGUUCCUCAAGGCGAUUCCAGGUAACGGAGGUGAAGAGGCGGUGAGGCAUCUCAACUUUCCACACAUGCACUGGUUCAAUCAUGGACGCAAUUCACCAGCUCUGACCAACCCGAGCUUAGACUUGGCCGUCGUCUGCAAAAAGCUGCGCAAACUCGACAUGACCUUCCAUGUCGACAAGGUAAGCAUAUGUAACGAAUCCACAAGCUAUGUGCGCAAAUCGCUUCCCCUUCCUGAGAUUAUUCAUCGCUUCAAACUGGAGACAAUCUUCGGCUGUAGUAGCCUAGAGGAGGUGUAUAUUGACGGCAUAUACGUCCGACCAACGCAAGGAGGCGUCAUGACGGAUUUGGACGUGCUAGAGGACCUUGGCAAGUGGAUGAUGAUGGGCUUCCUCGUUCGGCGAAACUUGGAGCACGGUAUCCAAGUCGAAUUGGCGCGCCGAUGGGGUGCUUGGAGAGGACGUGCUGGUGGGGUCCUGGUUAUCCUAAAUAAAACCGACAUGGCACACGUCAUGACGCGCAUCGGGUUCAGAAACGCGUAUACGAAGACUCUGGCUAUGGCUGGGCCUGCUCCGAUCAUAUAG